GCCGGGGGAGAGACCCGGCCCGAGCAUGGCUGCAGCCCGGGCACCACCUGUUCGUGUAACUCGCUGUCCCGUGACGCAGCGAGCAGCUGGCGGGGGCGGGGGGACAAUUGGUUUCUCUUUCAAGGCUGCUGCGCUGGAGGGUCUGGGUUUCCCCUCUUGUGUUUCCUGUCGGAGCAGAGCUCAGUGCAGGGAGGGGCGGCUGUGCCCUCUCUGGGGCCUGGCCCCAGACCCCACUCGUAGAGCUGCCGGACUGUCCCCAGGGCGAUGGCUUCUUGGGCCAAACCUGUUUUGGCGUCCUUAUGGCUCUUGUCUCUGUGCUCUGUCGCCUUGGCUGGGGUUCACCAUGUCUCCAACUUCCAGCUCAUCUCUCCCUGGGCGGCUCCCGGUCUGCCCAAGCGGCUGAAUGUGUUGAAGGUGAAUGACCUGGUGCGCUCAACCUAUGACAGCAACACCGGCAGGUUGGUUCCCUACAGUGGGUACAGCCUGGGUGACCAGGAGACCCCUCAGUACUGGAGUACAGCCCAUACUGAAUGCAUGGCCUGGGACUCCUGGGUAGAGAGCAAGUACCAGGCCCUGGUGCAGGAGGUGAACACCAGCUCCCCACAGAGAGAGCCCUACUACAUGCAGAUCCUGAAGACCUGUGAGCUGGACGAUGCCACUGGUGCUGUCCAAGCUGUCACCAGAUAUUCCCUCAAUGGGGAGGACAUGCUGCGGUACCAGUCUGAGCAGAACCGCUGGUUCUCGGAGCACCCGGCAGCCUGGCGAGUGGCAGAGCGCUGGAACCGUGAUGGAGACACUUUCACUAUGUGGAACCUCUUCCUGCCCCAGAGUUGCAGGUUCUGGAUUGAACUCACUCUGCCUUUCAUCACUCAGAAGACAGCCCAGCCCACAGUACAUCUGGCCCUCGUCCCAGGGACCCAGGACCAGCUGCACCGCCUCGUCUGCCACGUGACGGGGUUCUAUCCCCGUGACAUCGAGGUGACCUGGGAGCGGGGAGGACAGGUGGCCCAGGGGGAGCAGCUGACCAGUGGUAUCCUGCCCAAUGGGGACCUGACUUUCCAGAUCCAAGUGUCCAUCGAACUGGGGCAGGAGGGGGUUGGCCCUGCAGAGCAUGCAUGUGUGGUGAGACACAGCAGCCUGGGGCACGACCCGCUGAGGGUGACUUGGGGGGCCCAAAGGGAGCCAUAUCACCCGGCGCAGACACAACUAGAGACUUUCGACUCUGCUCCAGCCACAGCUAAGCCAGCAGGAAACUCCUCGUCCACAGCAUCUUCUUGCCCAGAUGCCACCGAGUGACCAGACUCAGAGCCGGCUGUGCGAGGGCCAUCGGAUUUGGCUGGAGCUACAUGGCACAUCCCUGGAGAAGAGUGUGUGCUGGGGGAUCAAAUAUUGUUCAUUUCAUGGAUCAAGUACUUCUACUGCUCACUUCUGUUCAAAUGCUUAGUCAUGUUCCCACAGCAUCUCUCUGUCAGUUUGCUUUCUGAGCGACACACCAGUCCCAGACAUCUUGGCUCCACUGCUGAUUCCACCAAGCUGCCUUCGGUUUCACUGCUGCUCCACCUUGGCCGGCUCAUGCAUUUUAAAAAUUUUCUUUCUUCUUCCACCAUAAAACCUUCAAGUAAUUUGUAACCGUUUUUGACCAAACCCCAGUGACUGCAGACUAAUGAAAUUUUACGCUUGGCAUGUUAGCCAACUAAAUAUUGUGAAACAAUAUUUUCAAUAGAUGUUGUCACAACCCAAUGGCCCCCUCCCUCAGGUCUCCUGGGGAGACAAACCAGCAUUGUAUGUUGCUAAUGCUGUUGCAGGUACUGCAAGGUAUUUCGAGAAGGGUUAAAGGUAUGAGUGUGGAAUGAAAGGUUCCUUUGCAGGUUGCGAGAGGCCGAAGAGGGAGGGAGACAGAAGAGAAUGGGUUAACUCAAUGCUUCAGCUCAGUCCAAAAAUAAAAGGCUGAUUCCAGCCCAAGGUCACUGCACACAGCUGACUCUCGGCUACCAGCCAAGAAAGAUGGGAGCCUAGAUUCCAAUGCUGAUCAGCCGUAAGAAGAAGAACUAAGCUGAGCAGGACUAAAAAAUUGCAAAAACUAAUGAGACUGCGAAGGCCAGCAAGGGGGAAAACAAAGUCUCGCAUCCCUGAAGCCGAGGGGUGAACAUUGUAAGCCCCGGUUCUGGCGUGGGUAGAGUGACAUUUCAAGUGACUGGAAAGACCUUAAGAGUUGUACUAAGGGAUUGUAACAACAUGUUCAGGAAACAGAAGGGUACAGCUGUGGACUCAGGAGUGUCACAGUCUUGGGCAAUGGCAUCAACGAUGGGUUCAAGGCUGGACGGGCAUUAGGGAGCACAGACAUGGGAAUCCGGCUGCCUGGCCCGCUGGGGUCACUUGAGGUUGGCGGACUGGAUGCCCGCGCCACGGGGGAGGCAGCAAAAAGGGACGAGACCCUGCUGCCUCUUUCAAAGGGGGGUGAGGACCUCUCCCGGCAGGAGAGGGCUCUCAUCAAGGUGGAAUACAAUCCCUGGGGUUCAGUGGCGGAGCUCCAGAAAAGGGUGCAGACUUGGCUGGAUUUGUUAGACCUGUCUGCCAAGUAUGAAAAGCAGAAGGCUAAAAACCUAGGGGCAGCCUUUGGAUUAAUAUGGACUGCAGCGGCCACGUGGUAUCAAACGUUGUCGGGACAGAAAGAGGAAUUUGGGCAGUGUAGUAUUUUUAUAAGUAAUAUUGUUUAAGGAAAGGAACCAGGAGGGUGGGAGGUAGUUACGAAGCCCGUCCUCCUUGCUAAAUUGGUAAUGUAACGAAGCCUGUGCCCAUAAAAAAAUAAAAAAAAAAAAACAGGUUGAAAGCCCUGAGGGCAUAGUGACAGGAGUAAGGGAAGCAAUAAAUACAGGCGUGGGAAAUUCAAAUCCCUGGAACAAUACUUGGAAAGGUGAAGUCUGAGUUAAUAAAGGUGUAAUGUUAAAAAAUAAGCAAGUAAUUAAAAAAAAAGUAAAAAGUUUACUCUACAAAUGCAAAAAAAAUCCCUAAGCAGUUAAACAUUAUACAAAUAUUUUAAGAAAAUUCUUGGUUUCUUUGCACCCAUUCUAAAAAAAAAAUGGACCUUUUCCCAAAAAAAUUCUGUAAAUAAGCCAGGCAAAAACCCAAUCUGAUUUAAAUCAUUUGACUAUAAGCAAUUUAGUCAAAUUUGCUAAAAAAAAUGAGUGUCUAUUAAAACUUAACUGCCCCCAAAUAAAUAUAAAUGUAUCUAUAUACAGCUGUGUAAAAAUUAAAGCAGUGCACGGGGUGAUUAAAAAAAAUGGUUUUGUUUUUAAAUAAUGCCACUAAAAUCCAUUUAAAUCUUUCAUUCAGAGUUCCAAACCAAAAAAUGUUUUUUGCUGAACAUGGGUAACUAAAGUGCUGUUUGGCUUUGGUAUCUGGCAUUUUACCCUUAAGGGGUAACUCGGUGCUUUACAAAAUUUAAAAUUUUUUAAAUAAAGACCAAAGUCAUUGCUGCAGCAGGGCAGUCAAAACCAAAAGAAUGGGAAAAAAUUCUAAAUUUGUUUUUUGGUAAUAGCAAAUAAAAACUGUAGUAAAAGAAAAAAGGACUGUGCCCCACACUUAGGCUUAAGGUGGCUCUGUGUAAUCAAACUGUCACAUUGCUAAGGGUAUAUACAAAUUCUGUAAGUACAAAAAACCCAAACCAGUUACACCUUAUAAAAAUUAAUAUAGCUAUUGUUAUACAAAUUAAAAUAUAAAAAAUGUGCAUUUUCCCCAGAACAUGUGCAGUGUAUAUUGUAAAAAAGAAAAA